UAAACGGCAGUUCGAGAACACGAUAUAUCGACUAGUCGAACAUUAUCAUCGAGAUAUCUCAUGCGAAUUGACACACGGGCAAGUGUCAAACCGUUUGACGCAAAUGCGUAUAAAUUGAAGGAGAAUGGACUUCGAAAGUCCUGACGUUGAAAAAGAAUUUCCCGGGUUGUACGCGUCCGAGUCGGCGAGAAAAAGCAACGAGAGCGAUUUUAGUGAUGAAGGCAGUCACGAUAAGCAUUCCAAGAAGGAGCUCCUGGGAGGGAAGCGGAAGGACAAGAAGGACCGGAAAGACAGAGGUUACGCGACCCUAGAGGGUGAGAGUUCGCCGGACGAGGAUCAAGAGACAAAAAGUCCUUCGAAAUCAAAAAAGACCAAAGCUUUUAAAUUCCCAUCAAAGAAAGAGAAGCGAGAGAAGUCACGGGAGAAGGAAGCAAAAGAAAAAGAUGUUGAGAAGGAGAAAGAUAAAAAGAAGAAGGAAAAGGAUGAAAAAGAUAUAGACAAGGAAAAGCGGAAGGAAAAGGAUAAAGACAAGUCGAAGCAAAAAUUAAAGGAUCGGAAGAAAGGAAAACAUGCUGGUGGUGAAGGAUUGGAUAUCGGUGAGGAACAACCGAUUUUCGGUGUUAGCCUUCACCUAGCCAUUGAAAGAAGUUGUUGUCACGAUGGAGUCGAGUUACCCUUAGUGGUACGAGAUUGCAUAGAUUACGUGGAGGAGCAUGGAAUGAACGUGGAAGGCCUGUACAAAGUCCCUGGGGUGAAGUCGAAGGUUCAACACUUGAAGAAGUUAUAUAAUAACCGAGAGCCGGUGAAUAUAUCUGAGUUCGAACCUACGGUAGCUACGAGCUUAUUGAUACUCUUUCUUAGAGAACUACCAGAACCCGUGCUGGAGAACAGCGAAACGAUAUCGCGCUUCGAGCAGGCCGCCUCGACCAAGGACGUUGCGCAGCGGGAAGCGCAGUUGGCCCAGCUGACGCAGCAGUUACCGGAAUGCAACAGAAUUCUCCUGGCGUGGGUCACAUUACAUUUGGAUCAUGUCACGGCACGAGAGAAGACGACGAAGAUGAACGCACAAACGAUCUCGAUGACAUUAAGUCCGGUUUUGCAAAUGAGCCACAGAUUACUAUUGGCUCUAUUGUUUCAUUGCAAGGCAUUGUUUCCGAAUGUGCAAUUGACAAAAUAUGUGCCACCGCUAUCGUCCGGUAGUACCAAUCUGCCAGAUUCCGUGGAAGGUAUAACUGCGGAAUUAUCCAAGCAGGAAUCAUUACUUUCCCAAAUUCAUAUGCAGAUGAACGCCGGUUUUGUGACGAAAUCUCGUGAAGAACAAUUGUGGGAGGUACAACGGAUGAUAACACAAUUGAAGAGAAAGUAUAAAACGGUUCAAAAAUUGGAAGGUGCUACGCAAAAGAGUAUAGACGAAGAAAUAAAAUCAUCCGAUAAUGUCCCAAUAGAAUCUACCCAGAAGCCAAAGAUUGUAGAUGAAGACGUCGGACAGGCAAAAUCUAGCGAUGCUCAAUCGUUGACUAACUUGAUAAAAAAAGAUAAUAAACUGCACAAUGUAGAAGAGGCGAAAGAGAAAUGUUCCUGCUCGGCAAAUACCAGUGCAAACGCCACACAAAAUGAACAGAGCAUAAGUGUACAAGAAAAAGACAUGGUUGAUUCCGCGGUUGAAGCUGCAACGGUUAUACCGCAAGAAUCUGAAAAUGUAUCGCCGAAUGACAAACCGACCGAACCUGAAGAAGAAGACGUCAUAGAUAAGUUGCGAGAAAGAUUGAUCCAUGAGGAAUUGCUGAAUAUGCAGGCGUUACUGAAAUCUCGCAUCAGUCAGGAGAGGAACGAGAUCAAACGAUUGAUGGAGAUGCUGACGGAGCGCGGCACGGAGAAGAAGAAACCCAAAGAGAGGACGCAUUCUCCCAACGAAGCUGAAAUGACGGCCAUGAUACAGCUAGUCAAAGAAAAUCAGUUACUCGAAAAAAAGAUGACGACAUUGAUACGCAGUAUUAUUGAGGAAAAAGAUGCCUGUGUAGAACUACGUGUACAAUUGGCAGUACAUCAACUAAUGGCCAAAACCUGACCACAGACUUCACAUCGAAAUCCUAAUAUCUAUACACUAUAAAAAUACGAUCUGACAUUACGUUUUUUGCAUAUAAUGACCAUAGUUUAUAAUAUGUUACAAUUAACACAUGUACCAUUAACUCGUUUGACCUUUCCGUGAAUAAAAUACAAAAUGCUGAAA